UUCUUCCAGCAUCCAUCCGGCUCUCCAUCAUGCUCCUCUCCACGCUCGUUCUGGCGGCAUUGUGUGUGCUGAUAACUUCAGCUAGCGCCCAGAAGCUUCGCGUUGUGGCGUGUGAAGGAUCAGUGGCUCAGCUGAAGUGUGACAAAGAUGAGGUUAUAUCUGUGACCAGUGCUGCAUACGGACGUAGAGACCAGAAGACGUGCGCCGCUGGACGACCCGCCAACCAGAUAGUCAACGUUCGAUGUUCCCGGAGCUUCGGCAUCAAUCCAUUCAAUAUCUUACCAAAACCAUUGCAUCUACACAAGCACUUUCGGAAGUUAGUUCCCAUCUUUGAUCGUCAAGGAAAAGGCAGCAGCUCAAAUAAAGUUGCUGAGAGCUGCAACGGGAAGCAGAGCUGUUCUAUCACAGCAGCAAACUCUGUGUUUGGAGAUCCCUGCGUCAGAACCUACAAAUACCUGGAGGUGGAUUACACAUGUGAAAACCCUGAAGGAAAACCUGAGAGUGGUCCCACUGUGGCAUGUGAGGGAUCAGUGGCUCAGCUGAAGUGUGACGGAGGAAAGGUUAUAUCUGUGACCGGUGCCACAUACGGACGUAGAGACCAGAAGACGUGCGCCGCUGGACGACCCGCCGACCAGAUAGCCAAUAUCCAAUGCCCCCAGAGCUUCGGCAUCAAGCCAUCCUUUCGUGUUAUAAAACCGUUUCAUUCAUACAAGACCAUUGAGGACAUUGUUCACUUACUUUUUCAUCAAGGAAAAGGCAGCAGCUCAAAUAAAGUUGCUGAGAGCUGCAACGGGAAGCAGAGCUGUUCUAUCACAGCAGCAAACUCUGUGUUUGGAGAUCCCUGCGUCAGAACCUACAAAUACCUGGAGGUGGAUUACACAUGUGAAAACCCUGAAGGAAAACCUGAGAGUGGUCCCACUGUGGCAUGUGAGGGAUCAGUGGCUCAGCUGAAGUGUGGCAAAGGUGAGCUUAUAUAUGUGACCGGUGCUACAUACGGACGUAGAGACCAGAAGACGUGCGCCGCUGGACGACCCGCCGACCAGAUAGCCAACGUUCGAUGCUCCUCUGGGAACUCAGACAGAGUUGGCCAGAGCUGCAACGGGAAGCAGAGCUGUUCUAUCACAGCAGCAAACUCUGUGUUUGGAGAUCCCUGCGUCGGAACCUACAAAUACCUGGAGGUGGAUUAUAUUUGUUACGCUUGCCUGACUGGGUGAAACCGUCAUCAGGUCUCCUGUGUUCUGGAUGAAAUUCAUAAAAAUCAGGAAUAUCUAUAGCAUUGAUUAGCAGCUUAAUGUCUCCAAAUUAAAAUACUUUACUGGUGCCAAAGGGAAAUUAUCAACUCUUCUGUAUCUUAAUGCUUUCUCAACCUUUUGUGUUUGUAUUUCAAUUUUUCAUUAAUAAAUCUGACUUGCAUUUACAUUUUCUGAAUAAAAACUCUUCCAAAACUU